UCUACACACAAAACGAACAUUAAAAUAAUUCGAACGAACUAAACAAAGAAUUGCUUCAAAAAACAACCUCUCGAAAAUGUUCUCGAGUGGCUAAUUCUAAAUUUGGAAUGUACUUCCUGUGAGUACGACUAUGUUUUGAAGAACAAGGUGAAGGCAACUGACCACAAGUGAAGAUUAAGGUGACCCAGUGACACUGAAAGGGGUUAAAGACAUUUCAUUCGAAAUCCAAGCGACGAGAAAAUAAAGUCAAGAGUUGGAGUAAGUCGUGCUUGGUGUACAAAAACCCCGUAGUCGCAUUUACCUGCUCGUUUUGCUAAUGUCCCAAUGCAAAACUGACCAAACCGAACACAGACAAACAUGCGACCGUGCGUGAUAUACUUUGUUGCAACAGUUGCUUUUGUAUUUGGAAUUCCGGCCCGAUCCUCUGCGAACUUAUUUGAAUAUUUUUCGCUGGAGAAUGAAAGCGUCGAUACUGAAGGACGGGAAGAGAACGGUGAGAACUUGGCAGAUUGCGAAUGCUUGGAAAUGUCGUGUACAUGCUGCGUGGAUUUCAAUUUAACAUACAUCGAUUUAGGUGGACCGGGUUGCGUUAAGAUGAAAUAUCUUUCUCAAGAAGAGGGAGUGUUGGUAAACGUAUCGUAUGGCGAAUCUCCUUUGCAUAGCCAGCAGGUUAAGGGUUCGAAACCAACGGCGACGUGCUUGGCACUCUUAACAAACGUAGCUGAAAUGUGCGCUCGAUUUCCUAAUUUGGAGCCACACGAUGACGGUCUAAAAGGCUGUUUACUUUUGGAGCCCAAGUUACUAGGGGCGGUAACGUCUCAUUUUAAAAUAGGGUGCUUCACGAUGGGACCCCGAGGCAUGGCCUUGGACAAAACAAACGACACUGCUCCCGCAGAAAGUAUACCCGUGAUCGCCGCCACAAACGUGACGCAAAAUCAGUCCGAUUCGAUUAUCAGCGGAGACUUGUUGGCGAUAGUAAACGAAACUGCAGAACAAGGGUUGGCUUUCAUUAGUAACCUAUUGGGAUUAUCCUUCAGCGAUGAUGCAUCGGACGUGAACCCCCAGAGUUCUUCGGCACCUGCUAAUCCCCCAUCCGAGUUACCACAUACUAAGAAAGAUUCGACUACGUGAAAAAUUCGGCGUCAAAAUCGCCCCUAUUUAUCGUUAUGAAAUUUUCAUGUCAAAUUCGGUCGAUCCCAGAGAUUCGCAUAAAUUUCAAAUUUCUGUGGAUUAUACACAGAGAAAGCGGUAAUCCGCUACACUCAAACUAUCCCCGUAGCGUUGUUGCUAACUAAAACAGACACGUAUAAUAUAUCGCUGGUGCGAACAUUACAUCAAAUUGGAUAUUUAUCCAGCUUUGCCCCGUCUGUAAGCGUCCCAAUGGAAAUUUUACCGUUUAUUUUGAAAUUAUGGCCUUUGCGGACCGAAUUAAUAAUCGACGUUAUUAAUUAGAACAGGUAAAUUGUUUUUACGGCGAUAAAAUACUUUUUCACCAAGCCGGAGUGAUUUUGUUUUGCUAUAGUUUCACCCAUUUAAAUAUACAUGUAUUUAAUUAAUUUUACAGUUUUAUAGUUUACAAAAGAAAACAAAAAAAUUAUAAGACCGUUUUUUUAAAUUUGAAGACAUCCAACAUUUCAUUAAAUAAUAUUAAUUUAUAGAAAUCAACGUCACUUAAACAUUCGUGUUACUUAGAUCGAGGACAAAUUUGAAAAACUGUAAUACGUCAACGCAAUUUGCUUAUUAGCAAAAUCAGUUUCUAAAUAUUGUACAAAACAUUCAGUUCAGCAAUUAGAUUUAUAGAAUUUAUAUAAAACUCUUAAUAAGAAUAUUAGGCGUUUUAAAAAACAAUAAGAGUCUUAAUAAAGGUUCCGUUUGGCCAACAUAAUUUUUUCCUAAUACAUGACAGAUGCUUCCUCAUUCGUUAAUAAAUUUAAUAAUAAAGUACUGCGUUGCCACAUUUUUAUAAUUGCAAUAAGUACAUGAAGGUACUGGAUAGGUUAAUGAAUAUUUUUUAUAGCACAAGGUUGCAAUAACAAUAUUUUUUUAUACAUAAAUCUUUUUUUACACCUGUUUUUCGCCUUUUUUUCUUGAUUCUAGAAACGCUCAUAUUAAAGCAAUAGAAACAAGGCUCCAAUUUUAGAAUCUAGAUUGGUAUAAGCUGUGUACUUCAGAUUUUUCCCAUGUACAAGUUACUAUUUGGUGUAUUGUUAAUUUCCCUAUUUGUCUUCAUUCUGUGGAAAAAGAAAUUUUAACUAUUAUGUAAGUUUGCUGGGUGUUUAAAGUAUUUAUUUAUUUAUUUUUUAAUUUUUUACAAAUG